AAGAAUAUACCCAGCGCUUUAAUCCAGCAAAUCGCGGCCGUCGAUUCAUUCGAUUCCCGGAAUGGAGGCACUUGGACUGAGGCCACUGCCGGUAGGGCUCGGCUAUACUCGAUCCAUCUCUCGAUCGCGCUCCAUCCCUCUCCGCAAGCUCCAGCUGCGCCCUUGUUCCACUACAUUUCGAUGGAGCUCCCAAUUCUCGCGCUUUUCCCUGGAUCACGACUCGGACAUGGCCUCAGGAUCAGGAUCCGGGGACGAAUUGGACGAUCAUUCUGGCCGGAUCGACUCUGUAGACCCUAGUGUCUUGACCGAAGAUCAAGGGGAUUUUGGUGUGACUGCGGCGUUGCUGGGCGAGGAGGAGGAUGAGCAGGCCGUGGAUCACAGCCUCCAUCGCGUCAAAGACAUCCUGGACGCGGCGGGCAACGAGAAACACUCCAAGGGGGCCAAGCUCCACGACUUUUGCCUGGGCAUCCCAUAUGGAGGAGUCCUUGUUGCGAGUGGUGUCGCCUCGUUCAUACUCACUGGCAGCGCUUGGGCUAUACAAGUCGGCCUCGUCUUGGGCGGUCUUCUCUUGAUGCUCAGCGUCUCCAGCUUAAACGCCUGGAAGAAGGGAAAGUCCUCCAUGUCUUACGUUCAGGGCCAGGCAGCCAUAGCGUUUGUGAUUUUUCUCGUGCAGCUUGGGAAAGCACGCCAGAGAGUGUCUCUACUGCCAAUGCUGGCUUCACUCGUGAGCGGAGCUAUGCUCGGGUUUUUCUGCUAUGUUUUUCUUGCCGGCGGCAACCCACCACCAAAGAAAGUGACGCCGGUUCCGAAACUUGCAUAACAAGGAGACCAUAAAAAAAAGUGGUAUGUAUUACUUCACCCACAGUCGUGCCGGACGUAUUCAAGGUCUUUUAGCCUCGCAAGUUAGUUCGUGAUCGACACAAUUGACUGCAUCUUCCCAAAUUUCGAAUCUGAAAUCUAAAGCGGAGAACUAUUUUGCCGAGGUUGCCAUGGGAUUUCAAUUUGGAAAUUUGUCCAAUGUUGCUGCCUUUAAGGGUGGCCUUGUCUGCAAGCAUGGUUAUGGUGGUCGGGAAUCAAAUUAUAAAUGUAGUGACAACAUUUUUAGAGAGAAGAGCUGCAGAUUCAUAUAGCUCUGCAUA